GCCCAGCGCGGCUAGCACGCGGGUGGCUGCGGCAUGGAAGCCGGCUGGGAGCUGGGGGCGGCGGCGGGCCGCUCGCUGGGGCUGUGCGCCGCGCUGCUGGCGGCUGGCUGCGCGCUGGGGCUCCGCCUGGGCCGCGGGCGCGGGGCGGCGGACCGCGGCACGCUGGCCUGGCUCUGCUACGACGCCCUGGUGCACUUGGUGCUGGAAGGCCCUUUUGUCUACUUAUCCUUGGUAGGAAAUGUUGCUGAUUCCGAAGGCUUGAUUGCUUCCUUAUGGAAAGAAUAUGGCAAAGCUGAUGCAAGGUGGCUUUAUUUCGAUCCAACCAUCGUGUCUUUGGAAAUUCUGACGGUUGUCCUGGAUGGGUUUCUGGCAUUGUUCCUCAUUUAUGCCAUAGUCAAGGACAAAUACUAUCGGCACUUCAUACAGAUCACCCUGUGCGUGUGUGAACUGUAUGGUGACUGGAUGACCUUCUUCCCAGAGUGGCUUAUUGGAAGCCCCAACCUGGACACCGACAAUUGGUUCUACUUUUGGGUCUAUCUGGUGUUUUUUAAUGGUGUGUGGGUUCUGAUCCCAGGACUGCUACUGUGGCAGUCGUGGGUAGAACUCAGGAGGAUGCAUCACAAAGGAACCAAUGUAGGGAAGAAGCUCUGGUGAAUUUUCAAAGUCCGUCUGAUGAACCAGAAUGGAGCAAACAUUCCAGUCUAUACUUGAUUUUUUUCCUUAUUAUUCCUGAACAACCUGUUUCAAGUUGGUUGUAAGGUGCUGUUUGUUGUCAUUGUUGUAGUGGUGGUUGUUAUUAAUUAAAUAGCAAUAUAAGAAAAAGAGAGGGCCGGGGGUAUAGCUCAGUGGUAGAGCACUUGCCUGGCAUGUACAAGGCCCUGGGUUUGAUUCCUAGCACUGGGAGGGAAAAGUAGGGGUAAAUAAAUUGUAACUUGUAAUAAUCACAUUUAAUUGUGUAUUUUUUAUGGCUGGCAUUAAUCAUUCUACUUUAAUAAAGAUAAUUAUUAUAGAAUACUGUA